AUGACUGAAGAAUUCGAAACCGCUGGCAUCUGCACCGGGACAUGGUGGAGCCUUCCCAACGGCAUGUUCUCCGACUGCUCUCUGCACCGUUGUCCUGAAAUAUCCAUGGAUUUCGAAGGAUUCGAAUGGCAAAACAAUGAUAACCUCGAUGCCAAAACCUAUGACAAGAGCCAUACUUCUACAUUAUUAAGAAAUACAAAUCUUGAUUACACCUCACAAGUCAAUCCUUGGAACCAUUAUAACCAACAAGAAGAAAGGUUCGAUCCGAUAAAUAGUUUCUUAGAGGAAUUGUUUGAUUCUAGUGUGAAACCAGAACUACUCGAAAGCUUUCACUUCUUCGAUGACGUUAUCUCGGACGAAUCAAGAACUAUAUCAGUCCUUGAUCACGAGAUUGGAGACAAACAUGAGGAAGAACUACAAGCCUGGAAGAGUCUAAUUACUUGCCAAGUACGUAAAGAGAAACUCGGAGAUCGAAUCACCGCGCUUCAGCAGUUAGUUUCACCCUUUGGCAAGACAGACACUGCUUCUGUCCUACAUGAUGCUGUAGAGUACAUCAAGUUUCUUCAUGAACAAAUCACUGUCUCGACUAAUCCAUACUUGAACUCUAGAGGAUCUGGUGAACAGAAGCAGUGUUCAUACAAUAAUACUCAUGUUGAUGAAGACUCUAGUCUAAGACAAGAUCUUCGAAGCCGUGGUCUUUGUCUGAUGCCGAUUUCAAGUACUUUCUCCACCUCUCCGCCGCAUAUUGGACUCAUCUAA